AAAUACGAUAUUUCAUAUUUUGAUAAAACAAUAAAUAAAUAAUUCAAUGGAUUGUCCUAAUUAUUUUAGCUGCCACGCGUGCCUUAUUCGUAAUGUACAUUUAAAAUAAUAAUAAAUAAAUAAAUAAAAGAAUAUUGUCUUCAAUUUGUUUGGAAGACAAUUGAUGAUUUUUUUUAGGCACGACUAACAUUCUUUAUGCACACCUCACCUACCUCAUCACUAUCUUGUUCAUGUGAAAAGUCAUAUUUGCCCUUCAUUUCAACCAGUUGAUUUUUAUUUUUUAUAUUUUUUUCUCACACUAAAUUAAUUGUCACUCUUUCAUUAAUAAUGUGCAAUAUAAUCCUGCAUAUAUAGUUCUAUAUAUAUAUACACAUAUACUCCACUUUUCAACCUAUAUAUAUACCACAUACUCCUGUACCAAACAUAAUUCACACACACACACACACAAAUUAAAAUUGUAUCAAAUUUUACUUUCUUGAAACAAGCAUAUAAAAUCUUCAUUUUUUUUUUCCCAUCUGGUUUAUGACAAUGGCGGUUUCCGGCUUCGAAGGGUUCGAAAAGAGGAUCGAGCUACAUUUCUCCGGCGACGAUCCGGCCACCGGAAAAGGUCUCCGGCGACUGGACUUCGCCUUGCUCGAGAAAGUAUUGCAUACGGUGCAGUGCACCGUAGUUUCGGCUGUGGGCAACAAACACUUGGACUCAUACGUUUUAUCCGAAUCCAGCCUCUUCGUUUACCCGACAAAACUCAUCAUCAAGACUUGUGGGACCACACAGCUGCUUAAAUCCGUCCGUCCAUUGGCGGACCACGCCCUUACGGUGGGCCUCACCCUCUGCCGGUGCAGGUACACCCGCGGCAGCUUCAUUUUCCCACAAGCACAACCCUACCCGCACACAAGCUUCGAACAAGAAAUCGUUUACUUGGAAGAGCAUCUUCCCAUGAAUCUUUCAUGCAAGAAAGCUUCUAUUAUGAACUCGGAAUCGAGUCACAAGUGGCACGUUUUUACUGCGUGCGACGUAGGGCUCACGGUAGGUAAGGUGGGCAUGCAUGCAGACGAUGAUUUGUACAUGGUGGAAAUUUGCAUGACCGAGUUGGACCCGGUUCUAGCCAAGAAAUUUUCCCGGCGACUCAACGAUGGGAAAACCGGCGACUCCGCCGGGAGAGAGAUGACGAGGGUAACCGGAAUAAGGGAUAUUAACAAGAAUGCCAUUAUUUGCGAUUACGCUUUCGACCCUUGUGGAUAUUCGAUGAACGGGCUUGACGGGGCCCGUUAUUCGACUGUCCAUGUGACGCCCGAGGAUGGGUUUAGUUACGCUAGCUUUGAGUCUUCGGGUUCGGUUUACGAUUGUAAAGAGGGUAUUCUCGAGGUUUCGAAGAAGGUGGUUGAGAUUUUCCGGCCAAGGGCAUUGUCGGUUUCAAUAACGACUUGUGGGGCCCGUUACGAGGGGUGGAGAGGGGUGGAGAGGGCGAUUGAGCCGUUAGGGUUGAGAUUGACAAGUUGCACGAGCGAAGAAUUCUUGAAUUCUGGUAGGGUGGUUUUCCAAACAUUCACCACUUGCUGGAAAUAGGGUGGACUAUCGCCGUGGUUGCGGCGGCAGGUGGUGGUGGUGGUGGACAUGCAUGCCA